UCCUGGGAGUGGCUGUAGAACAUUUUGGUCCGGAGACCCUGGUCCAGACAGGACUUGUGAGGGUGUCCCACAGUCUCCACAAUGAGCCUCAUCAUGUCCCGCUCGUCUCUAGCCUGAAACAGAGGAACUCCCAAGAACAUCUCAGCGGCAAUGCAGCCCACGGACCACAUGUCUAUGGCCCCAUUGACAGGGGCCCGGAGGAGGCUCUCUGGAGCUCUGCACACACACAUUAUUGACAAAUGAACAAAUGAUUUCAAACCACAGUUUAAAAUACUUUGAUUAUAGCGAGAACAUACAGGAGUAUGCUACUACAUUAUAGGAUUUAUUCUGAACUGUGUACUGUCGUACCUGUACGGCAGAGUCUGUCUCUCCUUUGUCAGAUCGGCCUUUCUCACUAAACACGCCAGGCCAAAGUCAAUGAUUUUGAUGGACAGCGGCUUCUUCACGUGUUCCUCCAUCAUGAUGUUCUCUGGUUUCAGAUCAGUGUGCAUGAUGCCCUCACGCUGAAGGAACAGGAGAGCUCGGGCCAUCUGCAAGCACACGUUACACACAGGACACAUGUUAGUACAAUAUCACGCUUGAUGACACACUUGAUUAUUUUGUCAAAGUGUGCUGCAGGGGCGUGUGUCUGUACCUGCCAGAUGAUCGGGCGAAUCUCCAUGAGGCUCAGACUCUUAUAGGGCGUCUGGCUGAGAAACUGGGCCAGGCUGAUGUCCAGCUUCUCAAACUCGUGGAAGAAUCUUCCAGAAGACCAAAAGGAGCCGAGCCAGUGCACCAUGUGGACGUGGUGUGCGCCGUGUGCAGAGAGGACCUGGAGGAUCUUCAGCUGUCAAAAAUCAGAUCUAUUCACGGUUAUCUGAUUGUGAGUGAUCUGAUUCUGAGUGAUCACAUUUGUACUGGCCAUGUGAGUGUGCCCUCAUGUAGAUGUGAGAAGAACCUGUGCAAACUGACCUCUUGAAAACAUGCUCUCAGGGCACAUGGGCCUUUCAGGAUCUUGAGCGCCACCGUCCGGUUGGUGGUGCGAUUGUGACAGAGAGCGACAUCUCCGUAGAUCCCUGAGCCCAGCAGACUCUGCAGCUCGUAUACGGUGGAGCUCGUCUCGAUCAGGUCUCCAGACUUCAGUGUGGACGCCAUUAUAUGUGGAGGGUUACAACUGUGUGCAAGUACAAAUACUGACACAGGACACAAGUACAAGCACAGGUCGGAGCUGUGUACAAGUGCAAGUACAGGUGUUGUAAAGGUAGGGGUACAGGUACAGGUAUCCUAAGAGCAGGAGUACAAGUAUCUAGAAACAGGAGCUGUGUAAAUGCAUCUUCACUCUUCAGAGAAACAAAUACAAGUGAGUGGCGAACGCUGAGAAUCAAGCUUAUAGAACAGCUUAUAGAACACGAGUGACCACGGCAACACACAUUUCUAUUGACUUUGCUCAUCAUCGUUUUAAAUCAAAGCAACUCCCCGUUGCCACGACGUUGCCAUGGCGUGUAUGGCAUCGCAUUCCGAAAUCUUCUGAAACUGUUAUAUAAGACCGGUCACUUUUUAUCUGGUCAUUUUCACUGAGACCUUUGGAGUAAACACACACUUUGGAGAGAGCUCAGAACACUUUUUGUUGGAAACCCGUCGUUGGACCAAGUUUGACUUUAGUACAACUAUGUCGUCUUGGGACACUUAUGAGACCUCUGGUGCAGCAGCACCUCAGCACAGUUCAGAGGUCACCAUCGGUCACACCCUGCAGGGCCGGACCGACUCUUACUCCGUCCUGCAGUGGCUUGGUGAGGGCUGCUUUGGCCGCGUAGCCAAGUGCCACGCCAUGGACCAGGACCGGAUUGUGGCUGUUAAGCUCCUCAAAGAGCAACAGUUUAAGGAGAAGGAGCACGAGGUGUCCAUGAUGGAGGAGCUCAGUGUCCUCGACCCCAGCCACACAAACAUCGUGUGCUUUGUGGAGCAGUUCGAGGUCAUGGGCCUUCACUGUCUGGCCUUUGAGAUGCUGGAAGUGGACCUCUAUUCGUUCAUGUCAAACAGGAACUGGGUACCACUCCAGCUAAAUGAGAUCCGGCCUAUUGCCCACCAGUUGUUGGUGGCUCUAGAUGCACUAAAAGGGCUUGGUAUCGUACACACCGAUAUCAAGCCCGAUAACAUCAUGUUCGUUGACCUGCAGGAGCACUCUUUAAGGGUCAAAUUAAUUGACUUUGGAGAGGCCAGGAAGGCCUCCCGAGUCCAGCUGGGGGCCACGCUCCAGCCGUGUGGAUCCAGAGCUCCUGAGGUCACACUCGGUCUUCCGUACACGGAGGCCAUUGAUGUGUGGGGGGUUGGCUGCAUUCUAGCCUUUCUCUAUCUGGCUGACAACCUGUUCCCAGUCACUUGUGAGUACCAAGCGGUAAAGCGCCUGGUGACUUUACUGGGUAUGCCACCUGACCACCUGCUAGAGGCUGGACUCCAUAGCAAGAACUUCUUUACCUAAGUCCAGUCCUCGAACGGCGCAGCAUGGAGACUUCUGACAGCUGAAGAAUAUGCUGCCAAAUACGAAACCACCACUCAAGAGGAAAGCACCUACUUUGAAGUCCCCAGCUGCUUGGACAGCCCUGUCUGUAACCCUCCUGAUAACUCCAACGCCAAGGUAGAGGACAGGAAGGCCUUCCUUGACCUCCUGAAGGGGA